CAUAUCUGACUAAACAGUUUCUUUCCAGAAGUCAACCAGGAUAAAAACAAUUUUUACAGUGUUUAGAAAUGACUGUGAGGCUUUCUUAUUUCAACAUGACUGGCCUUGGAGAGCCAAUCAGACUCUUGCUGUCGUACGGAAAUAUCAAAUUUGAGGAUCGAAGGGUGUCCAAGGAAGAUUGGCCCGAAAUGAAAAGAGGAAUGAGAUGGAACCAACUGCCAAAAUUAGAAAUCGAAGGAAGGGAGCUAUCACAGUCGAAGACAAUCUGUCGAUAUCUGGCGAAGAAGCUCAACCUCUGCGGGAAGAAUGAAUGGGAUGCGACUUACUGCGAUAUGAUGGUCGACAUGCUUGAUGACUUUAGAUCAAGGAUUGUAACAGUUUAUUACACACCUGACAGUGAACAAAGAGAAAAGGAACUUGAGAAAUUGAGAUUGGACUUCGUCCCAACAGCACUGGCCAAAUUUGAAGAGCAAGUUGCAGAAAAUGGAGGAUUCUUUGUAGGAGGGAAGCUCACAUGGCCUGACAUUGUGUUUCUGGCAUUCACUGACUACGCUGGCCAGAUGUUGAAAUGCGACGUGGUGUCGAACUUCCCGAAACUGUCUGCUCUGUGUAACUAUGUCAUGUCACAGCCAGGGAUCAGCAGAUAUUUUAAAACAAGACCUCCCCAACCGGAAGACAUGAGGAAGAUUUUCGCCUACUAAACAAUUGAAACCAAAUGGUCUCUUAGGCCUAGUACACACUUGCAUACAAAGUUGAACGAUUUUGGUAUCUAGACAAUAUCUAUAAGCAAUCAAGCUAUCUAUAAACAAUCGACAAGCUUUUGAACAAAAUCGCAGAACUUUUAACCCCCAUAUGAAAUGGGAUACAGAAGACAAUUCUUAUUCAAUUUUAGCAACUUAUGAGGAACAUGACACUCAAGUAUGUACAGUCAAAGCCUUUAGACUGUCUAAAUACAUUGUCUGUCUACUUCUCUGUAGACAGUCCCUACACAUGUCUCUAGACAAGUUGUAUUGCCUUCCUCAUCCCAUUCCGGUGGUCCUGGCUCCUCCUACCAUUUUCCACCAGUGAAAUUAUUAGUCUCCUUCCUCAUCUUCCACUUAUUCGACUACAGCUGUGUUGCAUAUGGUGGGCUUCCAGGGAAGCAAAAUAAACUCCAAAAAAGAUUAAUGAACUGUUGUGUCAGGCUUAUAUUCGGCAUCCCCCGAGGGUCCAGGGUGUCACAGCUUUACUUGGACCUAUCGUGGCUCUACCCUCUUCCCAAAAUUUAUAUUUUUUUGGUUCCUUUCUUUACCAAGCCAUUAACACCCAUCGUCCGCAUUGGAUGCUGAAUAAUGGAGGACAUUAUUCAGUCCAACCGAUUCAAGUCCUCUUUCCACCCCCGCAAAACCUGCUCAUCUCCCUCCUUCAAUCCUAAUGACCCAAAACAUGCACCGGUUUUUCCUUG